AUGCGUCUCAUCAUCGUCGUUGCUCUUCUCGUCGCCGUAGUCGUCUCAUACCCCUAUGGUCCGACUCGUGCUCCAAAAGAAACCGACGGCUCAUUCGUCUCUAUCGAAACGCCGAAGUACCGUUCAUCCGGCAAUCGAGAAUUGAUGAUCACUCCGGAAUUGUUGGUGCAGCUUCGCAAUCAAUUCGCCAACAAUCGAGAAGCGCCGAGAUACCUCGAUGAGCCAGAUGUCGAGCAGCCACAAAACAACAAAAGGAAGAAGCAUGAACGAUAA